AUGGACAUGAUGGAGGAUGCAGAAGAGGAAGAACCUGGAGAAGUUGAUGCCUCUGACUGCUUGAAUGCCAAACUGGAUCUGGUUUUUGUUCUUGACUCUUCUACAAGUGUAACAGAACCCAAUUUCAAGCUGGUGUUGGAUUUCCUGAAGGAUUUCCUUAAUUAUGCUGAUGUUGACAAUGGUAAUGUCCGAGUUGGUGUAGUCCUCUACAGCACUAAAGUUCAGGUAGAGUUUCACAUGAAUGCCUACUCCACCAAGUCUGAAUUGAUGACAGCCAUAGACAACAUCCCGUAUGUGUAUGGCAGCACUAACACUGCUGGAGGUUUGAGAGCAAUGCGGGAGGAGAUGUUCACAGCUCAAAAUGGAGACCGGCCUGAUGUCCCAAAUGUUGCGAUAGUCCUAACAGAUGGCGUAUCUAACAUUAAUGCCCGCCAGACUAUCCCUGAAGCUGAAGAGUCCCGUAAGGCUGGCAUCAAGAUCUAUGUUAUUGGCAUAGGUUUAGCAGAAACCAGAGAACUAGACGGUAUGGCAUCUCAUCCCAUUGAACAGAACCGAUUCAUAGUCAAGGAUUUCAAGGAACUACAGACCCUAAAGGAUAAGGUGUUCACAUCUGUAUGUCCAGUUGAAAGACCCUCUGUACCAGUCCCCACCCAACCAAAGGGUGAUGAUUGUUCAAGUACCAAACUGGAUCUGGUGUUUGUGCUGGACUCCUCCACCAGUGUCACAGAGCCAAACUUCAAACUCAUGUUGGACUUCUUGAAGAACUUCCUGUAUGUUGCUAACAUUGAUGAUGGCAAUGUCCGUGUUGGUGUAGUCAUUUACAGCACCAAGGUGAACAUUCAGUUCCACCUUAAUGAAUAUAGAACAAAGAGAGAUGUGUUCCUUGCCAUAGACAGAAUACCAUAUCAGUAUGGCAGCACCAACACCUUUGGAGGUCUGAACACAAUGAGGACCCAAAUGUAUGUUCCCCAAAGAGGUGAUCGCCCUGAUGUGAAGAAUGUAGCUGUGGUGAUCACCGAUGGUGUGUCCAACAUCAAUGCCAGGAGGACAGUUCCAGAAGCAGAAGCUGGAAGAGGUGCAGGCAUUCACAUCUAUGCAAUUGGUAUUGGUUUGGCUGACACAACAGAGUUGGAUGGAAUAGCCAGCAGGCCCAUUGAAGAGAAUAGGUUUACUGUGCAGGAUUUCAAGGAGCUCAGAGGUCUUCGAGACAAAGUAUUCACCUCAUUUUGUCCCGUUGUCACUACCCCAGUUCCACGUACCUUACCACCAAAAGUACAAGACUGUUCCUAUGCUAAACUGGAUCUUGUCUUUGUUCUGGAUACCUCCACCAGUGUCACAGAGAAGAAUUUCCUUCUCAUGAAAGAUUUCCUCCUCAAACACUUUCUGUAUGUUGCCAACAUUGAUGAUGGCAAUGUUCGUGUUGGUGUGGUUAUCUACAGCACUAAAGUUAGCAUCCAGUUCCAGAUGAGUCAGUACACAUCCAAGCGGGAGGUUUAUGUAGCCAUAGACCAAAUACCUUAUCAGUAUGGAAGUACAAAUACCUAUGGAGGACUGAAUGCUAUGAGGACUCAAAUGUUCACUCCUGAGACAGGAGACCGACCAUAUGUUGACAAUGUUGCCAUUGUCAUCACUGAUGGUGUUUCAAACAUAAAUUCAAGGAGAACAAUUCCUGAAGCAGAAAGGGUUAGGCAGCAAGGAAUCCAUAUAUAUGCCAUUGGCAUUGGUUUCAUUGAUACAACAGAGUUGGAUGGCAUAGCAAGCAGACCCAUUGAGAAGAAUCGAUUUGCUGUUCAAGACUUUGCUGAACUUGUUGGUCUGCGAGAUGAAGUGUUUUCUUCCUUCUGUACAGGUAUGCUGGUCUCUCAAAUCUCUCUUACUGUUGAAUUAACAACUACUGUUGCCCCCACAACCACUACAACUACCACAACAACUACAACAACCAUUCCCACAACUACUCCUGAGGUGGAUGAUUGUUCAAGUACCAAACUGGAUCUGGUCUUUGUGCUGGACUCCUCCACCAGUGUCACAGAGCCAAACUUCAAACUCAUGUUGGACUUCUUGAAGAACUUCCUGUAUGUGGCUAACAUUGAUGAUGGCAAUGUCCGUGUUGGUGUAGUCAUUUACAGCACCAAGGUGAACAUUCAGUUCCACCUUAAUGAAUAUAGAACAAAGAGAGAUGUGUUCCUUGCCAUAGACAGAAUACCAUAUCAAUAUGGCAGCACCAACACCUUUGGAGGUCUGAACACAAUGCGAACCCAGAUGUAUGUUCCCCAAAGAGGUGAUCGCCCUGAUGUGAAGAAUGUAGCUGUGGUGAUCACCGAUGGUGUGUCCAACAUCAAUGCCAGGAGGACAGUUCCAGAAGCAGAAGCUGGAAGAGGUGCAGGCAUUCACAUCUAUGCAAUUGGUAUUGGUUUGGCUGACACAACAGAGUUGGAUGGAAUAGCCAGCAGGCCCAUUGAAGAGAAUAGGUUUACUGUGCAGGAUUUCAAGGAGCUCAGAGGUCUUCGAGACAAAGUAUUCACCUCAUUUUGUCCCGUUGUCACUACCCCAGUUCCACGUACCUUGCCACCAAAAGUACAAGACUGUUCCUAUGCUAAACUGGAUCUUGUCUUUGUUCUGGAUACCUCCACCAGUGUCACAGAGAAGAAUUUCCUUCUCAUGAAAGAUUUCCUCAAACACUUUCUGUAUGUUGCCAACAUUGAUGAUGGCAAUGUUCGUGUUGGUGUGGUUAUCUACAGCACUAAAGUUAGCAUCCAGUUCCAAAUGAGUCAGUACAUCUCCAAGCGGGAGGUCUAUUUAGCCAUAGACCAAAUACCUUAUCAGUAUGGAAGUACAAAUACCUAUGGAGGACUGAACGCUAUGAGGACUCAAAUGUUCACUCCUGAGACAGGAGACCGACCAUAUGUUGACAAUGUUGCCAUUGUCAUCACUGAUGGUGUUUCAAACAUAAAUUCAAGGAGAACAAUUCCUGAAGCGGAAAGGGUUAGGCAGCAAGGAAUCCAUAUAUAUGCCAUUGGCAUUGGUUUGGCUGAUACAACAGAGUUGGAUGGCAUAGCAAGCAAACCCAUUGAGAAGAAUCGAUUUGCUGUUCAAGACUUUGCUGAACUUGUUGGUCUGCGAGAUGAAGUGUUUUCUUCCUUCUGUACAGUAACAACUACCGCUGCCCCCACAACCACUACAACUACCACAACAACUACAACUACAACAACUAUUCCCACAACUACCCCUGAGGUGGAUGAUUGUUCAAGUACCAAACUGGAUCUGGUCUUUGUGCUGGACUCCUCCACCAGUGUCACAGAGCCAAACUUCAAACUCAUGUUGGACUUCUUGAAGAACUUCCUGUAUGUGGCUAACAUUGAUGAUGGCAAUGUCCGUGUUGGUGUAGUCAUUUACAGCACCAAGGUGAACAUUCAGUUCCACCUUAAUGAAUAUAGAACAAAGAGAGAUGUGUUCCUUGCCAUAGACAGAAUACCAUAUCAAUAUGGCAGCACCAACACCUUUGGAGGUCUGAACACAAUGCGAACCCAGAUGUAUGUUCCCCAAAGAGGUGAUCGCCCUGAUGUGAAGAAUGUAGCUGUGGUGAUCACCGAUGGUGUGUCCAACAUCAAUGCCAGGAGGACAGUUCCAGAAGCAGAAGCUGGAAGAGGUGCAGGCAUUCACAUCUAUGCAAUUGGUAUUGGUUUGGCUGACACAACAGAGUUGGAUGGAAUAGCCAGCAGGCCCAUUGAAGAGAAUAGGUUUACUGUGCAGGAUUUCAAGGAGCUCAGAGGUCUUGAGAGACAAAGUAUUCACCUCAUUUUGUCCCGUUGUCACUACCCCAGUUCCACGUACCUUGCCACCAAAAACUGUUCCUAUGCUAAACUGGAUCUUGUCUUUGUUCUGGAUACCUCCACCAGUGUCACAGAGAAGAAUUUCCUUCUCAUGAAAGAUUUCCUCAAACACUUUCUGUAUGUUGCCAACAUUGAUGAUGGCAAUGUUCGUGUUGGUGUGGUUAUCUACAGCACUAAAGUUAGCAUCCAGUUCCAAAUGAGUCAGUACACGUCCAAGCGGGAGGUCUAUUUAGCCAUAGACCAAAUACCUUAUCAGUAUGGAAGUACAAAUACCUAUGGAGGACUGAACGCUAUGAGGACUCAAAUGUUCACUCCUGAGACAGGAGACCGACCAUAUGUUGACAAUGUUGCCAUUGUCAUCACUGAUGGUGUUUCAAACAUAAAUUCAAGGAGAACAAUUCCUGAAGCGGAAAGGGUUAGGCAGCAAGGAAUCCAUAUAUAUGCCAUUGGCAUUGGUUUGGCUGAUACAACAGAGUUGGAUGGCAUAGCAAGCAAACCCAUUGAGAAGAAUCGAUUUGCUGUUCAAGACUUUGCUGAACUUGUUGGUCUGCGAGAUGAAGUGUUUUCUUCCUUCUGUACAGUAACAACUACCGCUGCCCCCACAACCACUACGACCACCACAACAACUACAACUACAACAACUAUUCCCACAACUACCCCUGAGGUGGAUGAUUGUUCAAGUACCAAACUGGAUCUGGUCUUUGUGCUGGACUCCUCCACCAGUGUCACAGAGCCAAACUUCAAACUCAUGUUGGACUUCUUGAAGAACUUCCUAUAUGUGGCUAACAUUGAUGAUGGCAAUGUCCGUGUUGGUGUAGUCAUUUACAGCACCAAGGUGAACAUUCAGUUCCACCUUAAUGAAUAUAGAACAAAGAGAGAUGUGUUCCUUGCCAUAGACAGAAUACCAUAUCAAUAUGGCAGCACCAACACCUUUGGAGGUCUGAACACAAUGCGAACCCAGAUGUAUGUUCCCCAAAGAGGUGAUCGCCCUGAUGUGAAGAAUGUAGCUGUGGUGAUCACCGAUGGUGUGUCCAACAUCAAUGCCAGGAGGACAGUUCCAGAAGCAGAAGCUGGAAGAGGUGCAGGCAUUCACAUCUAUGCAAUUGGUAUUGGUUUGGCUGACACAACAGAGUUGGAUGGAAUAGCCAGCAGGCCCAUUGAAGAGAAUAGGUUUACUGUGCAGGAUUUCAAGGAGCUCAGAGGUCUUCGAGACAAAGUAUUCACCUCAUUUUGUCCCGUUGUCACUACCCCAGUUCCACGUACCUUGCCACCAAAAGUACAAGGUUAG